UGUCAGUCUGUUGGCACUUGGCUGUUGCUGUUGGAUUGUUGGAUAUUUUUUCAGAUUUCACAUUUCGUUUUCAUCUUUUGAUCUUUCCCUGUUAUAAUUUCAUAUCUCCAGUCUCAAGUACUCUACUAUUUCAUCAACUUCCCAUUCGAUAUGGAUUCACAGCACAAAGAUAAACUUGUUACCUCAGUAUUGGACAGCUCAUCUAAUAAGAAAAAGCACAAGAAAGAUCAUAAACAUAAACACAAGAAACACAGCAGUGAAAAACCCAAUAAGGAAAAGAGUAAAAAACAUAAGAAACAUAAAAAACAUAAGAAUGUAGAAGAUGACUCUAAUGGUCGUUAUACCCCUGAUAAGAUUGAAGAAAAUGUCACCAACGGCAAAACUGUAAGUAUCAAAACAGAUACAGAGUCUGUUGUGAAUUUUGUUGCUGAUGGCUUGAAUAAGAUGAAAACUGACCUAGAAAUGAUCUCCUCAGAAAGUGAUGAUAUCCCAGAAGCAGAUUGUGAUAGUGUUGAUAUUGACAUGAGUCUAAUUGAAGCUGAUAUGGAUUUAGAUGAUUUGAUGAAGCAAAAAGAGCUUCUUCAAGCCCAACUUGCUAAAGCAGAGAUUGAAGGAGUAUUGACACCUGCUGAAGAUCACACUAAAACAGAAAAACCUGUAGAUGAGGUUAUACUGCUUGAAGAUUCUGAUGAAUCACCUGUCCCUAAAAAAAUGAAAUCACAAAGCAGGGAACGUAAAGUUGUGAUUCUGCCUUCUGAGAAUGCAAAGAAAAAGCAUGAUAAAUCUCAAGAUAAAACUACUAAAACCAUACCUCCUCGCAAUACUAAGGAUAUGUCACAUAGGGAACAAGAAAGAGAUAGACAUCAGCGUGAUUUAGACAGACAUAGAAAAAGUGAAUCUGAUCUGAAAAGAGAUAGGUCUAGAUCAAGUAUUAAUGAUAGGUCUAAACAUCAUUCUGUGGAUCGUUCUAGGGAUAAUUAUUCUAGAGACAUGAGAAGAGGAUAUAAUGAAAGAAAUCAUAGGAUGAAUAGAGACAGAUCAAGAGAAAGAGGACACAGAAAUAGAGAUAGGACAAAACCUAGAGAAAAACUAGAUAAAUUCAAAGACUCUUUGAGUGAGGGACAGAAACGCAGGGAGAGUAGUGACAGUGAUGUUGAGGUUGAGAUUGAUCUGAAUGAUGAAGAAGAAGAUGAAGAGGUGAUAAUUGAGAGAAGAAGGAAACAGAGGGAAGAAUUAUUGAAGCGCUUAGGAGCAACAACUGAACAAACUCAACAGCCCAACACAGACAUAAUAACCUCUGUCCAUCAAAUUGAGGAAAAUGGAAGCAAACUUGAACAGUCAGAACCAGUAGUUAUUCUAGAUGAACCAACAGAUACUAAUAAUCCCCAGAAAGAAGAAGUUGAAGAACAGCUUCAAGAACAGCCAGAUGAUAAUAAUGAAGAUAAUCAAGAGUCACUCACACCACCUCUGUUGCCUAGUAUGAUGAUGGUGACUAGUAUAAAUGACAAAAAAAAUGAAAAAGAAAAAAAUGAUAAAAGUAGGAGGUCUGAAUGGGAUAUGUUUUCUGAACAGGAUUUGUUCAAAGUCAACACUCAGUCACCCAGUACUUUGAACACAAAGGGCUCAGGGGCAGAAAAUCCCUCUCUCACAGACAACUGGGAUGAUGCUGAGGGCUACUAUAGAGUGAGAAUUGGGGAGAAUCUUGAUUCUAGAUACAUGGUGUAUGGUUACACUGGCCAAGGAGUGUUCAGUAAUGUUGUUAGGGCAAGAGACCAAGCCAGAGGCAACCAAGAUGUAGCUGUCAAAAUAAUAAGAAAUAAUGAAAUCAUGCACAAAACAGGUCUCAAAGAACUAGAAAUCCUUAAAAAAUUAAAUGAUGCAGACCCUGAAGACAAGCUUCACUGUCUCAGGCUGAUAAGGCACUUCUUUCAUAAACAACAUUUGUGCAUGGUGUUUGAACCAUUGGCAAUGAAUUUGAGAGAAGUGCUGAAAAAAUAUGGGAAAGACGUAGGUUUGCAUAUAAAAGCUGUCAGAAGCUACACACAACAGCUUUUAUUGGCAUUGAAGUUGAUGAAGAAGUCAGGAAUUCUUCAUGCUGAGAUCAUUCAGUUCACCUACCUGAGUACUAGAACAUAUCAGGUUUCUCAGUCUGUAUUCUGCAAAUUUUUACACAUCGCCGCCAAAAUGUCAACGGAAAUAAAGUAUAAACAAUAUUUAACUCUUCAGACUAUUAAUCUUUGCGAUUUCGGCUCGGCGUCCAAAGUGAACGAGAACGAAAUCACCCCCUAUCUCGUGUCGCGCUUCUACAGGGCGCCAGAAAUCAUCCUCGGCAUGAAUUACGAUUACGCCAUCGACAUGUGGUCGGCCGCCUGCACCAUCUACGAACUGUAUACGGGGCGAAUAAUGUUCUCCGGCAAGUCGAACAACCAGAUGCUCAAGUUCUUCAUGGACGUCAAGGGGAAAUUCCCUAAUAAGGUGAUCAGGAAGGGGGCAUUCAAAGACCAACAUUUCGACAGCAACUACAACUUUUUGUACCACGAGAUCGAUAAGGUCACUGAGCGGGAGAAAGUAGUAGUGAUGUCCGUGGUCAAGCCGUCCCGCGAAUUGCAGUCCGAACUGAUAGCGGGCCAGGCCUUGCCCCCGGACCAGCUACGGAAAGUCACCCAGCUCAAGGACCUGCUGGAAAAGGCGCUGGCCAUCGACCCGGCCAAGAGGAUCAGCCUCAAUAACGCCCUCACGCACCCGUUUAUACAGGACAAGAUAUAGUUGAUGGUCUAGAGAGGUAAACACAUCAGGAAAACCAAAAAAGUCUAUUGAUAUUUUCCUACGAUGCAUUUUCACGAGAAUUUUGUGGACACUCUUGUAUAGUGAAUAAUGUUAUGAUGUUUUGUGGUAGAUUUUAUGACAUUAAAUAAAAAAAUGUGUAUUUGA